GACGCCUCCACCACAGCCUUUAGGUACGCAUAAGGGGACCCUGAUUUUGCUCACGCAACUGACCUCGAGACUCACACUGCGCUGCCGAUGUCACGCCUGGCCUUCAAUGCCAUCACCACUCACGAACAAGACCUAGACUUCUACCAACGGCGACCGCACGGCCUAUGCGCUCUUGAAGACUUCCUGCAUGUCCAUGUCUUGCGCAAACCUCGCAAUCGAAAGCCACAUACGAUCGCGCACCCACGACGACAGGGAUUGCCUUCUCCUAGACAUAUCCACAUGUUACCCUCACCUUCACCCUCGAGGUCCCGCAUGAACUGCUCUGUGAAACCAAACAGCAAAAUCGUCUCGAGGGAUGCAAGCUCCCAAGACCAGAGCGGAGCUUCAGCAACAUAAAGCAAAAGUACACACUUCACACCGCCGUUGAGAAGAGCCGGCACUGACUUACAUGCGACAACAGCUUGCAAGCUCCUAUUCCGAACUACUCGAACAAUUCUCGUCAAAGGAGCUCAAGAGCGUCGGGAACUACACUAUAGGGAAACUCAUUGGAAAGGGGUCGUUUGGCAAAGUUUACCUCGCCCGACACAAUCUCAUACAUGGCUCCAAGGUUGGUUUCGCACGUAUGAGGAGGAAUCCGUCACUAAGAUGGGGGCAGGUCGUCCUCAAAGCCUCGAACAAGGAGGAUGGGAAUCUCGCAAGGGAAAUCCAUCACCACCGACAGUUCAUCCAUCCCCAUAUUGCGCGGUUAUAUGAAGUCAUAAUAACAGAGACCCAUGUGUGGUUGGCUUUGGAAUACUGUCCUGGUAUGGGUCUUGUGGAUCUGUCGCGAAGCGUACUGAACAUGAGCAGGCGACGAACUAUACAACUACUUAUGCAAAAACGGCGCGCUUCCCGUUGAGACAGUACAGAAAAUCUUUACCCAGCUGGUGGGCGCCGUCGCCUACAUACACAGCAAAUCAUGUGUCCACCGCGACCUGAAGUUGGAGAAUGUCCUCCUCGACAAGCACGACAAUGUCAAAUUGUGCGAUUUUGGCUUCACCAGAGAAUAUGAGGGCAAAGCGAGUUACCUGCAAACGUUCUGUGGGACGGUAUGUUACAGCGCACCAGAAAUGCUGAAAGGGGAGAAGUACGCAGGAGAGAAAGUCGACGUCUGGAGUUUGGGAAUCAUUCUCUACGCACUGCUGAAGGGAGAAUUGCCAUUCGACGAGGACGACGACGCGGCCACCAAGGCAAAAAUACUCAAGGAUGAUCCUGUCUAUCCCGAUUCAUUUCCCGAGCCGGCGAAGACGCUGAUUUCCAGAUUACUGUCUAAAAGACAGCUGUACAGGCCGAGUCUGUCAGACGUCCUGGCCGACCAAUUUUUAGCCGACCACGCGCCUGCGCAGCAAGCCAUCUUGAAAUUGUCUCAACCGGCUGCUUUCUCGACACAGUUGGAGAAAGACACCUUGGAACGGAUGAGAGCCGCAGGUGUUGAUAUAGACAAGGUUAUUGAGAACGUCCUUGCGCAGAGGUGCGAUGGCCUGGCAGGAUGGUGGGCGCUUCUGAUCGAGAAGGAGACGAGGAAGCAAGCACGGCGUGAUCGGAAGCGAAGAGAAAAAGAAGCAGACAUGAAACUGCUGCGGAGGCUGAGUGGUGCAAGUAGUCGUUUGGAAAGAAUUGCGCCCACACUCCUCGAGGUCGACGAAGAGGGCCUAACCGGGCAGACGCAAAGACGCCGGAGUAGUAGCAGAGGGAGGACCCAGCGAAGGAGCACGCCCCAGAUACUCGUCAGCGACUUACCUCAACUUCCAGAAGGAGACGUUGUGAAAUCACCCGGAUCGGCCACACCACCACCACCAAUUGACAAGGAUUCGGUCCGCUCACAGAGUGGGUCGCGCCCACCGCUUCCACCGAAAGAACGAAGCCGACGCAGCAGCACACUCCAAAUAGUCUCAACCAACCCAGACUUGCUUGGGCCUAUCCACGGCAUUAACAAGCGGCGCGGUGGGAAGCUACGCAACCGACAAUUCUUGAACCAACUCACGGCACUGAAGCAUUGGUUCGUCGAGUCGACGAAAAAGGCCAAGUCACCUGUCCGAGCUAAAGGCAACAAAUUGCUCAAUGGCCAUACUGAGAAAAAUGUCGGUCAGAACUCGAAGAGUACGUCUGCACUCGACAGGACAAGCAGAAACUUUCCGCCCGUCAAUUCACGCAGAUCUUCCUACGGCUCGGCUUUGACGCCCGUCGUAUCAAACUCAGGUCCGGUAAUUGCGAUCAAAACGUCCGGCCCUCGCGUUGACGGCGCGCUGGUAGGAUCGCACCGCAAAUCUCUCUCACCAUCUCCGCUUACGCCGCGCUCGUCGUUCCACCGACACAGUUCGGCUGGCCUGCGCGGUCGCAAGUCGACUUCCUCAUCCGUAUCAUCGGUUCGGAGCAUGCCAAGACAUACAUCGCACAGCAAAGCGUCGAGUCAGAGCAGCAAUAGUCUGGACACAAUCCAUAGUCCGGGCAGUCGCAGCGCGGCUCGGUCCCCACAUAAUUCGAUCAAAGUGCUCCCAAACACGCCGACGACACAUAGCUUCCCCAGCAAUGUUAGAGUGGUCAGGACGCCGCGUGGGCCAGAGGCCAGUUUACAGCCGCGCCCACUAUCGGGGAUACAAGACGAAGGGUUGCCGAGCACGCCACACGGGUUUGGAUCGGGAUUGAUGUUCACGAAGAGGAAGCGUAGUCCGUUCAAGGGGCCCAUGCUGAAUGCGGCAUUCUUCUCGGCAGGGAGUGUGCCGGCCGCGUUUGGCAGCCCGGCUGUCGCCGACGCCGGGAGGAAUAGGGAGGGAAGCGAUGGGAAGAUCAAUCAUGCUUUUGGGUCGUUCUUGGGCUCGGGCGCGGGCGUGGGUCGGAGGGGAAGUGGGAAAGGUAGAAGGAAGAGCCAGAUCAUCGAGGAAGAAGAGGAAGAACAUGAAGGGCUCGGGCAUGCCGCUAUUGGCGAGGAAGACGAGGAUGAAGAGGACGAGGUUGAAGAGGUCGAUGCCUUUCAGGCCGUUGAGUUGGGCAAGGGGGAGAGGGUGCAGAGUAUCACGAUUUGGGAUGAUGGCGAGGGUGAAGAAGACGAUAUCGUUGCUGGGUUGAAGAAUUUCAAGGUAUGAAGCUAUGAAAAAAGGGAUAGCAUGACUUUGAGUGAUGUCUGAUGCCACAUUAAACGCAGCAGUCUGUGCCGGACUUGGGCUUGAGCCUGGGCUUGAAUAUGGCGUCGAGGCAUCGAGCAGCAUCGGGGCAUCACGGUUGAUGAUGGGGCUUUCUUCUUCGUAAUGAUAAUACUGUAUGAAUAUCAUGUUUUAUGUCAUCGAGAGAUUACUAGCGACGGACACUUACGGGGACCAUGUGGAUCGAAACGGCAACGGGUGGAAUGGAGUUGAGGUGCAAUAGGUGACAU